AUGAAGCACAAUCAAGAAGUCCUCCAAAAGGUUGUAGACGAAGCCUCCAAAAGGUUGCAAGCAUCAAUCAAUGAAAUUGUUCGUCAAGGACAUCAAACAAAUCAAAAUCUACCAAAAUUUAGUCGACCCUCGCCAUCACAAAGGAGUUGCUGGUACCAUAACAGUGAUACACAUGAUAUUUCUCAGUGUUGGAAUUUCAAUGGAAAGGACGUUGGUGCUAAAAUGGACUUACUCAGAAAAAAUCGAGGCUGUUUUAUUUGUCUAAAAACAGGACAUAUCUCGAAAUACUGUCCUCAAAAGAAAGGAUGUGAACAUUGUGGAAAAUUACAUCACUCGUCACUGCAUCAAGAAGGUCAAGAGGGAAAUGUUGCUAACAUUGUGAGAAUUGUUAAUAGCAAAGAACCUGGAGAAGAUGUCCUACUUAUAAUCAGUGAAGUUAAGUGUAAGGAUAUUUUGCUAUCAACUUUGUGGGAUCCAGGAUCAAAUAUUUCUUUAAUUUCACAUCGUGCAGCAAGGAAACUUAAUUUACAAGGAAAAGAUGUAACCCUCAGUUUCACGAAGGUGGGAAAUGUUAUGGAACAACUACAUAGCAAAGAAUAUAUAAUCCCCUUGACAGACAAGGAUGGCAAUACCUGGCAAAUUAAGGGAUACGGUAUGGAGCAAAUUACAACAAAUGCAGGCAAGGUAGAUGUUAGUGGAAUAGCACAAUUAUUUAAUGGAAUUACAGACUCUGAUAUCUACAGACCAUGUGGAGAGGUUAAUUUACUGAUUGGAUCAGACUGUAGCGUUCUUUUACCCACAAGAGUUGACGGCGUCGGGAAUCUUCAACUGAUGAAAAAUCAAUUUGGUUAUUGUGUGAGGGGAAGUCAUUCUCUGAUUAAAAUAUCCGCAAUGCCAAACUCGUUUUGUAUCAAUCAUUUGUCGGGAAGUGAAUUAAAUUCCAUGCAUAUCAUGAAUACUAAAUCGCUAAAAGAUCAGUUUGAUAGUUUUCUAGACAUUGAAAGCUUAGGAACCUACUGUCAACCAAGAUGUGGAGGGUGUCGAUGUGGACAUUGUGUUGUUGGUUCAGGACAUUACACCAUUGAAGAGGAGCAUGAACUGAACAUGAUUGAGACUGGAUUAAAGCAUGAUGAUGCCAACAAAUGCUGGACCAUAAAUUACCCAUGGAAACGGAAUCCUUCAGAACUGCCUAAUAACAUACAAGCUGCUAUAGGCCGUUUACGGUCAACGGAACAACGACUGAAAAAAACUGGCGAUGAACACACUCAGGAAUAUCAAAAACAGAUAGAUGACAUGGUGCAGAGAAAGGCUACUAGAAAAUUAUCACCAGUGGAAGUUACUUCAUACAAAGGACCUGUGCACUAUCUUCCACAUCAUGAGGUUUUAAAACCAGAAUCAUCAUCCACACCACUUCGAAUUGUGUUCAACUCUUCUGCUUCCUAUAUGGGUCAUGUUAUUAAUGACUACUGGGCUAAAGGACCAAAAGUUUUAAAUGACCUUCUUUCCAUCUUGUUGAAGUUUCGAGAAAAUCAGGUUGGUCUUGUAGGCGAUAUCUCCAAAAUACCACCAGAUCAUUAUGUGCUGACCAGUGUUCCAUUUGGAGAUCGCCCCAGUGGUGCUAUAGCUAUUAUAGCUCUCAAUAAAACAGCUGAAAUGCUGGAAGAUGUUUACCCAAAGGCUGCUACAUCAGAUUCCACAUUUGAAAAUGUAUUGGCUAAGGAUAUCAAUCAAGUAUUGGACUUUGGUGGCUUUCAUAUAAAGCAUUGGAUUAUAUCAGGAGACAAUCAUCAGGAAAUUGAUGAAAUCAACAUAAUGAAUACAGAAUCAGAAAAUGUGUUGGGACUAGUGUGGAAACCUGUUGAUGAUGUAUUUACAUUUAAAGUGCGAUUGAACUUCUCCAGGAAAACAAAGCAUAAAAGCCAUGAAGAGAAAUCAACCAAUAAGUCGGAGGAAAUUCCUGAAAUUUUGACAAGAAGAAUGGUAUUCAGCCAAGUUGCAGGAGUGUAUGACCCUUUAGGUCUGAUCGUUCCUUACACUCUUAGUGCAAAAUCUCUCAUAAGAAAUUUAUGCCAAGGAAACCAGAGUAAGUCUGAAGUGUGGGAUAAACCUUUAUCCUCAGAAAUGAGACAACAAUGGAUAGAAUUUUUCAAUGGACUCUUUCAGUUAGAAUCCCUGUGUAUUCCCAGAUGUUUAAAACCAACUAAUGUCUUUGGAAAUCCGGUCUUGGUGCUUUUUUUCUGA